AUGCAAUGCACCAGGUCCAAAAUGGCGUUCUAUCAGCUACUCGUCGUCAUCUUCCCAAUCUCCAUCACCGUUCUCGUCCUAAUAAUCGCUUCCCGAUUUCUCGCCGCCGCCGCCGCAUCUUCCCAAAAUCCGCUUCCGCCGGGCCCAAAACCAUGGCCGAUCGUCGGAAACCUCCCUCACCUAGGGAAAAAACCUCACGUCUCCCUCCGAAACUUCUCCAACAUCUACGGCCCUCUCAUAUCCCUCCGCCUCGGCUCACAGCUCCUCGUCGUCGCCUCUUCCCCGGCUGCCGCGGCUGAGAUCUUGAAAAAACACGACCGCCUCCUUUCGGCAAGAUAUGUCCCGAGAGCGGUGCCUUACGACACGGCGGAGCUCGACCGCAAGGCAAUCGUGUGGGCGUCCAACUGCAACGACCAAUGGAAGGCCUUCCGAGCCAUGCUCAGGAACCACCUCACCUCGGCCAAGGCGAUUGAGUCUCUAGCAGCCGUCAGGGAGAGGAAAGUCGCCGAGAUGGUGGAAUUUCUCGGCAGGAAGUUAGGGGAAUCGGUUAGUAUCGGUGAAGUAGUUUUCGCCACUAUGUUUGAUAUGCUGUCGAAUCUCAUCUUUUCCCGAGAUUACAUCGGGUUUGUAAGAAAUGAGGAUGGGAAUCGAAUGAAAUCACUGAUUCAGAGGUUGAUAGAAUUGGGGGCUUCUCCCGAUCUCGCAGAUUUUUUCCCGGUUCUGAAGAAUUUGGAUCCCCAGGGUUUGAGACGUAAGUCAACUCGCUGUUGCGAUGAGAUUUUCUCUAUUUGGCAUCCUUACGUCAAAGAGAGGAGAGAGCUUCGGCUGCGAGAGCGAUCUGGUGGUGCUGAAGAUUUUUUGGAUAUUCUCCUGGAAAAUGGACUUGAUGAUGACCAAAUUGACUGGUUGAGUCUCGAAUUGUUCAGGGCUGGAACAGACACUACCACGGCCACAAUAGAAUGGGCCAUGGCAGAGCUGAUUCGAAACAGGAGAGUGAUGAACAAGUUACGGGAGGAGCUGAAGAGAGAAUUGUUGUCACCCAAAUCAGGAGAACUGCUGCUGAUUGACGAAUCCAUGGUGGCUCGACUUUCUUACUUGAAUGCAAUCGUGAAGGAGACGCUAAGGAUACAUCCGCCGGUGGCGUUGCUGCCGCACCGAGCGCCAGAGUCUUGCAAGGUGAUGGAUUACACAAUCCCGGAGGGGGCUCGUAUUGCAGUCAACCUGUGGGCGAUAGGGAGGGAUCCAACGGCGUGGGAGGAUCCCGAGACGUUUCGGCCCGAGAAGUUUAUUGGGUCGGAUGUUGAUUUUAGAGGUCAGGAUUUCGAGUUUUUACCAUUUGGUGCUGGGAGGAGGAUGUGCCCAGGAGUGUUGUUGGCCAUCAGACAGAUUCCAUUGGUGUUAGCUGCUUUGAUUCAUAACUUUGAUUGGCGUCUCCCUGACGGAGAAGAUCCGACGGAAUUGGAUAUGAGUGAGAAGUUUGGACACACGUUGCAAAAAGAAUUUCCUCUUGUUCUUAUUCCCGACCAAAUUUCAUUUUGA